AUGACGGGCUGGGCCAGACUGACGAAAUUAGGCCUCGUAAUAGGCCUCGCGCAGACGCGUCCCCACGUCCGGCGUACGCUCGCGCCAUGUCGGACGGAGUACAUCAUCGUCCAAGGAGGUUCGGCCGCCAAGGAAGUCUUCACCACUCCGAAGCUACGCGAUAUCAUACUCCGCCUGCUCGAUAAGGGUACUCUGGCGACUAUGCUGCGGCUACACAAGGCGGGGUCGUCCAGUGUGGCUGGUAUCCUUUACCACACGAUCAAUAAAAAUAUGGUGAACAAGAUGAGUAGAGCGAGUGAGAUCAGCCUAUUGCGACGCGGUCAAGAUAACCGACAGAAGCCACGUCCCGGACAUCGGGGAGGCGGGGGCCAGGCAGCGGGCGGUGACAAGGGCGGAGAUGACGGGGCAGGGGAGUACGACGAGGAUGAAGAAGGGUACGGCGAGGACGAGGAGGACGAGUACGACUCCGACGAGGGCAGUCCUACCCCUCCUCCACGGUUCCCCGUACGUCCAGGCGGUCCAGCGGCAUUCAGAGUCUACCGGACGGCGGAGCUCCGAGAUCUGAUUUUGCGGCGGAUGGACGACGAUACAUUGUCGACCAUGAUGAGGCUAGAGAAGGGGCUGGAGGAGAGUGUGGCGAGGGUGCUGUAUGAGCACAUCCCGAUGAAGCUCAUGAAGAAGAUGGGAAGGAAUACUCCCAGGAGAAGAAUGUACUGCCAGUGUGUCCGCACGGUCGACCGCUCCCCUCCUCCCGUCCGCGUCCCGCCCGAGUGGAAGCUUCAAACCACAAACCGGCGCGUCGUCCGUUUCGACCCCCAAGCCGUUCUCAAGGACGUAGCGGCGGCCCGAAAGAAGUACCCCCGCCUGCAUACCCUGGAAUACCUGUUUCCCCAGCACGACGUGGAUGAUGCCUAUUCGGUCCAUCUCGAGGGCGAGCGCAUCAUCGUCGACCUCAUCCGCACGUACCAGAUCGACAUCCACGUGCGCGUUCCCCAGCCGGGCGAGGAGCCAUUUAAGCGGGGUCCGAAGUACGAGUGGAUGGAGAUCAGGAAUACCAUAGCCAUCAAGCUGGUGGUACAGGACGAGGACGCCUGGAGGUACUGGGCCAAACAUCCACAACUGCUGGAUGGCCACCUCACCCGGCUCAAGAACUGGCUCUAUGUCAAUCCGGACCUCGACAAGCGGGUCGUCAGCAUCUUUCACGGGGUCUAUCCCGUCAACCCGGAAUUGGAAAAGCGGCAUAUUUGGGGCGCAGACUAUGAGCGCUCCACUCGGCGGAUUGACCCUACGGUCCAAGAAGCCAUCGCGUUUCUCGAGCGGCGCAAGCGGGACGGCAACUCCCCUCUCGUUCACUUCCACAUCCCCCCAUCCAGCUCCGUCGACCCCGUCACCCCCGCACGGUUUGGCCAGAUCGUCGCGGCACUCCACCCCUCCAUACGCACCCUUCACGUCCACAGAUCGGCCAUUCAAAACCUCCCCAACACCCAAACUGCCAUCCGCGCGUUCGAUUACGCUCUUCCCUACCUCACCCGAUUGGCCAUCAUACACGACCCCAUCAACGGCGAGAGUUCACCCGCCGCACGACGUACACACGUGCUUGAACUCACACGCGUCGCCCAUGCAGGCCUCCAUCCUAUUCCAAAGGAAACAGGGUUUCUGGGAAGUCACCUUGCCGGUAGAGGACAGGCGGAAAACGCCAACGGACGCGGGGGAACGAUACACCGAGGCGGAUUGCCGGCCACUGGGGGUAGAAGGGGUAGGGACAAUGGCGCGGGCAGCGGCGUAGGCGUUGGCGAAGCUUUGGAAGUCCCGUCCGAAAGCUUCGGAAUCCCACUUGAGCCAGUCUGCGAGGGGGAAGUCCGCGCCGACGUGGAGGCGGCGCUGGGCGGUCUUAAGAUGGUAGUUGAGGACGGCCGGGAAUCCGCCCGGGUUGUCUCGGUCGAGCCGCAUGAGGAUAUGGGCGUGGCCCAGGAGGAACUUGCCGGUUUCUCUGCCGCCUUGGGAACCGGACCAGAUAUUACCAAGAUGUUGUCACCUAGAGCCACGCACGGACCAGCCAAAACGAUUCCGCCGGAACCCUCGCCUCCUCAUUCCUCAAAUUCCCCCUCUCCCCCGGAACCUUCCAGAAAUUCCUCGCAGUUUCCACCACCUUCUACCAUCUUCUACCACCUUCUACCAGCAUCGAUUCAGCUUCCAUCGGCCUCCCCGCCCUUCCAGUAUCUUCGACCCCACUCGCCAUCAGCAUAUGUCAUCAUGGAAGGCGCUGGAAGGAUGAUCUGGAAGCGGCGAGCGAGAUAUAAAAGGAGGGAUGAGUCGGGACUUUCUCAUUUGCAUACCAUUUCCUCACCUGCCCAGCUUAGGAUCCCGCGCACUCAGCCCUCCCCCGUGACAGAUGUGUGCGCGUGUGAUGCUCGCAUCUAUGGGUGGGGAAAUGACAUGGUGCACGAAGUACGACCUUACGUGCUGUCUGGGCGGACGUAUAGGUACGGGGAUGGGUACGAGUUCAGGGCGGACGAGGCGGACUUUAUCGAAGAGGUCAAGGAAAGGUGUGUUCAGUCCGAGUGGGGAGAGUACUGGGUGACGGAGAGUGGGGCAAAGUGGGGUACUACUGAAUGUGGUGACUCGGGAUCUUGGUCGACUAUCUCCGGAAUGCAUCUGUAUGAAAUACCUCCCGCUCAUCACAUCCGUCUUCUUCCCCUUACGAAGCCAACUGUAAGACAAGUGCUAGCCUCACCUUAUGCCUGUCCAGCAUCAUGGGGAAGCGCACCGAGGGGCCAAAUUUCCAGACUCCGCAUUCCUCGUCCUCAAACGCGCGUCCGCCGCUCGUCGCGUCGCGUCGAUUUCUCUCUUCUUCUGCACUUGCACCAGUAUUGUGAUGUAUCCGCCAGCGACGCACCAUGCCGGUCCGGGCUCAAGCGCUCAAGGCUCGAGGUCGACGCACCCGCAUCUGAUCCUCUGGCUGCCUCCACGCUGCGGCCGCUAUCCCCGCCUCGUGAGGUAAAGCGACAGCGGACCUUGAGCGCGUCGCAGGCUCCUCAUGGAGAUGGCGGAGCUCAUCAAGGUGGGCAAGAUAGAGAUCACGAGCCAGAUAAGCACGGAGAGGGGGGCGGGGAGGCCGAUGGUGGUAAGGAUGGGGAUGAAGAUGAGGAGAAGGAGGAAGAGGAAGAGGACGGAUCCGACGAGCAAGAGUCUGAGGAGGAAUACGGCUCGGACUACAGCGUCGGCAGCGUCACGCCGCCCCCGCGAUACAUCCUCCAUCCUGGCGGUCCAGCAGCAAGGAAGACGUACUCUACCCCGGAAAUCUGGCGCCGGAUCGUCAGCGCGUCGGACCAGGCAACGCUGGGCCUCAUGCUGCGGCUAGAACGGGCGGUUUCUGAGAGCGUGGCGGCGGUGCUGUUUCAUACGGUGCAUAUGAGUGUCGUGCAGAAGAUGUCCCGAGCCAAUGCAAGACGCAGGAUCUAUGCCGACGCGGUCAGAAUCGUCGAUCGCUCACCCUAUCCGGACCUACUCGCGCCGGAGAAGAAGCCCUUUCCCUUCACUCGUCCAGGCGCGGCCUUUGACGGUGAAGCGGUCAACAAGGUCGUCAAGGCCGCCCGCAAGAAGCUGCCUAACGUGAGGAGCAUCCUCAACCUCUAUCCCAAGUACGACGAGGAUGACGCCUGGGCCGUCCAUUUCGGGGAGGACGGCAAGGUCGUCGUCGAGGUGGAAAGUAAGGUCAUGAUCGACCUUCAUGACACGGACUACUUCAAUCCCGAUCCACCACGUCUCCCUCGAGCCAUUACAUCGCCAAAGCAACGAGUCGUCGUCCGUCAUACCAUCGCCAUACGGUUGAUUGCGCAGGACACGGACAGUCUCCGGUACUGGGAGGACCGGCCGAAAGGACUCGCGAAGCGCCUCAAGCGGAUCCACGAUUGGCUCUACUGCAACCCGGAGCUGGACAGGCGGGUGACGAGUGUCGAGAGGUGGAUCUGGGAGUCGACGACGGCGGGGCACGACCGGGAUCGGCGAAAGGACAUGCUAGAGAUGCGCGCCCUGGACCCGGACCAUUCCCGCAAUUAUUCCCGGAUCCCACUCGUCGAUCCGUACGCUACGGAUACCAUCGAUCCUACCCUGGACGAGGCGCUCGCCUUCUUCCUUCCCCCUUCUCCACCCUCGGAUCCCAUCACCCCCGAACGGUUCUACGAGAUCGUAUCCCUCCUCCCCCGCACGAUCCGGAACCUCGUCAUUCGCAACUCCAUCAUCCAGAACCUCCAUCAAACCCAACACGCCAUCGCCGCGCUCGACCAGCACCUUCCCUCCCUCUACCGCCUCACCAUCUCGCACGAGGAGCACCACGGCGUCAGGGCCAAGCGGUCCCAUGUCGAGCGAACUCCACUCUCCGGCAUCCCCCAGCUUCGCAACUUCACCAUGCACCUCCAGUCGGCCGGGAUCGACCUUGCCGCGAGGUACAUGUGCCGUCUGGGCGGGAAACACACGUACCACCAAGACCUCGACGUACACAGUAUCCAGACGGCACGCGAGACGGCCAAGAUGGCGAAAGAGGUCAAGCCGUGGGGGAACGAUUGGGCGCUCAGGCCUGAGGACGAGGAUUACCACGAGGAGGUCAGGGAGAAGUGUAUACAUUCGGAAUGGGGAGAUUAUUGGGUGACGGACGUCGGGGAGAUGUACUGA